UAUUUUCAGAAAAUGAAUGGCGGAAACGUGACUAAAGUUACAGAAGUUCUUUUACUCGGGUUUAGAAAUUUUCACAAACUCAAAGGAUUCAUAUUUGUUUGCCUUCUUUUGAUUUACUGUGUGACAGUAUGUAUAAAUCUUUUGAUCAUCAUACUAGUGUCCUCCAGCAAAAGCCUCCAUUCCCCCAUGUACUUCUUUCUCAGCCAACUCUCAUUAUCAGACAUCCUGCUGACCACAGACAUUAUCCCCAAUGCCCUUGUAAGUGUAAUAAACAAUGGGUCCACUAUGUCCCUCAUGGGUUGCUUUUCUCAGUUUUAUGUUUUUGGUGGCUUGGAGUCCUCAGAAUGUUUCAUAUUAACUAUAAUGGCUUAUGACAGAUAUAUGGCCAUCUGCUACCCCCUCCGAUAUUCCUUGAUGAUGAGUUUCCCAACUUGCCUGAAGUCAGUCCUAUGUUCUUGGUUGUUGAGUUUCAUCUUCAUCCUUGUGACCACUUUAAUGCUAUCUACUCUGGAGUUCUGUGGUCCAAAUGUCAUUGACCAUUUCUUCUGUGACUUUGCUCCUAUUAUAGAAUUAUCUUGUUCAGAAACUUCAGCCGUUCAAAUGGAGGUUGUCUUGUUGAGCAUUCCUGUGAUGGUUUUCCCUUUGAUUAUAAUCAUUGUAUCAUACGGGUGUAUAGUCAUGGCUAUACUACGCCUCUCAUCCAACAUUGAUCGAUGGAAAACUUUCUCCACCUGCAGUUCUCAUUUGACCGUUGUCUGCAUAUUCUAUGGAACGCUAAUUACGAUAUAUAUACUUCCACCAAAGGGGUUAUCUUUGUCUAUAAGCAAAGUCGUUUCUAUAUUGUACACGAUGGUGACACCGAUGCUCAAUCCUCUAAUAUACAGUCUAAAGAAUAAGGAUAUCAAAGAUGCUGUUAAACAUUUUGCUCAUAUCUGGGCACAUCGAGCACUGUAA